AUGUCGUUUGUUGUCCGUAUCAGGGGUCUUCCGUUCUCAGCGAAUGCGGAUGAUAUAAUCAGUUUUUUCAACGAUUGCAGGAUAAGAGGUGGAAAGCGUGGCAUAUAUUUUCCUCAAGGGUCUAAUGGCCGUUCUAAUGGAGAAGCUUUCAUCGAACUGGAAAGUAGAGAUGAUAAACAGAAAGCCAUGACUCAUCAUAAUGAACAUUUGGGUCGCCGUUAUAUUGAAGUAUUUGAUUCAUGCUCUGAGGAAUUGAAUAACGCUAUGGGAUGCAGACCUUUCAACUCGCCAAAUCGGAGGGAACAUGUUGUUAGGUUACGUGGUCUUCCGUACGAUACUGAGAAAAAGGAGAUAUAUGCCUUUUUUAACGGCCUGGAAAUAGCUCCCAACGGUAUCGGGUUAUUGGUGGAUCAUAUGGGUCGUUGCACGGGGGAAGCGUAUGUCCAAUUCACAUCUUCUGAAAGUCUAGCUCGGGCAAAGGAGAAACAUAUGGAGAAGAUAGGGCACAGAUACAUUGAAAUAUUUGAAAGUACAAUGAUGGAGGCUAACACGACCAUACAGCGCCAAAUGGAAAUAAAUCAAAGCCGUGGUUCCAGUCGAGGACCGAUGUUCGGUCGAGGAAGUCGUGAUGGUCAUCCCGGUGGUACAGGUCAUCAUGGAGGUUCCCGAGGAGGAUAUGAUGCGCCCCCGUUUAGUCCAAACGGGUCAGGUCCAAACAGAGGUCCAGUUCCUGGAAGAUUUACGCCCUAUGGUCGACCACCACAUGUUUUCGGACACCCGGGAUACAGUUCUCCUCCCAGAGGCUUCGAAGGACCUUCUCCCUCAAAAGGAUCUAAUUUCGGGCCACCCGGACAUUACGAAUAUGAUGAUCCACAAAGUUUGACUGGGCAUUCUGUUCGUAUGAGAGGGUUGCCAUACUCAGCGACCAAAGAGGAUAUUAAUCGUUUCCUUUCUCCUUUACAACCAGUCAACAUUCGGAUAAAAUUCAAUGCGGCUAAUCGACCCACCGGAGAGGCAGUUGUGGAUUUUGCCAGUCAUGAUGAAGCGAAGGAGGCAAUGAAGAAGGAUCGUGAAAAAAUUGGGCCUCGUUACAUCGAACUUUUCUUAGCAUCCACCCCUAAGGGAAUCUCUCCUUCGUCUCGCAUAAAUAACAAUGCACCAGUUCCUAGUCGUCGAUCUCCUCCUGUCCACAGUAGUAGAGGCCAUCAAGGGUCACAAUACGCCAACUUUCCUCCUCAGCAAUAUGAAUAUGAUGAUAUAAAUUAUGCGGAAGAUGUAGGGUACAAUUCAGGUCCAAGUAGACCAGAUUUUAAUCAGCCAUAUGAUAGUUUUCACAACGGCACGAGUGUAAGAGGACCAAUCAGGCCUUCAGGAGAUGGUUAUUCAGACUACAGAUAUCGUCAAGGAAAUCACUAUUGA